AUGUGCCCUUCACGAUUGUUUUCUGUGGCUCAACGGCCUGCCGAGGAAUCCCAGCCAGAGCCGAAGAGGGCUAGAAUGAAUUUUCGCCCAACCUUGAGUUUUUCAGAAGAAGACAAGAUCGGAACCACUCAACCCCAUAACAAUGCGCUAUUGAUCACUCUCAGAAUCAGGAACUACGACGUGAAAAGGGUGAUGGUGGAUGGUGGCAGUGGGGCCGAGGUUAUGUACCCCGACCUCUACAAGGGGCUGAGGUUAAAACUGGAAGAUUUGAUGCCCUAUAACUCCCCUUUGAUGAGUUUCGACGGGAAGCUUGUUAUUCUAAAGGGCAUGAUUAGGCUACCCAUCCAGACCGGCCCAGAGACAGUGGAGGUGAACUUUAUUGUGGUGGACACCUACUCCCCCUAUACGGCCAUCGUCAGUAGGCCCUGGCUCCAUACCUUGGGGCCUGUUGCCUCCUCCUUGCAUCAAAAGGUGAAAUUCCCUUCAGGGAACCAGGUUCUCAAAAUCCAUGCUGCUGAGGAGGCAAAAUGCGAAGAUCUAGAGAAGGUGGUCAUUGGUGAUGACCCGGAGAAGUUCUUUCGGGUAGGGGCUCAGCUGCCUCUUCAGGAGAAGGAGGAGUUGAUUAAGUUUUUCAAAGGAAAUAUUGACGUAUUUGCAUGGGAUGCUUGCGAUGCUCCCGGGAUUGAUCUAACCUUCAUCUGUCACCAUCUCAAUGUCAACUCGUCCAUCACUCCCAAGAAGCAGCCACCCCGUCGCCCAUCAAGAGAGCACGCUGAUGCGAUUAGGGACGAAGUGGUGAAGUUUAAGCGUGCGGGGGCUAUCAAAGAGGUUUUUUACCCCAAAUAG